CCCAUCUACUCCACUUUAUCCUCUUCUUCUUCUCCAAAAAUCCAAUCUUUCUGUUUAUCUUCAUGGAGCCUCUAAUGGCCACUCCUUGGUCAGAUUACAACCCCUCACAAGACGACCUCGUCGCCGAGCUUCUCGACGACCACUCCCCCCUCUUCCUCCUCCCCGAACACGCCUCCGCCAACAAGCUCGCCAUCUCCGCCGCUGCCUACUCGGGGCCUACCAUCGAAGAUAUUGAGAAUGCGCUUUCUAUCACCCCUAGAAGAGAACCGUUGUCCCGCAGCGAGAUUUCUCAGACAGGGUUUUCGAUUAUGGAGAGGGGAGGGUUGAAUAAGGUUGAGCAUAAGUACAGCCUCAGGAUCAAGAGCUGUGGGAAUAUGGUGGCUGAUGAUGGCUAUAAAUGGCGGAAAUAUGGUCAGAAGUCUAUAAAAAAUAGUCCCAAUCCCAGGAGCUAUUAUAGGUGCUCAAACCCAAGAUGCAGUGCAAAGAAGCAAGUGGAGAGGUCCAUUGAAGAUCCAGACACCUUCAUCAUCACCUACGAAGGCCUCCACCUCCACUUUGCUUACCCAUUCCUCCUAAUGGGCCAAACCCACCAGGCCCAAUCUCCAACCAAGAAGCCCAAGACGAUCGACUCAGAGCUCCAAGCCCAACCUCACGAAGCCCAUCAAGGCCCAACUUCUCUUCCUCCAUACCCGCCCGACCCGGCCCCACAAGGCUUGCUCGAGGAUAUGGUCCCCUGGAUGAUCCGAAAUCCCUCCACCAAUCACACCACUUUAUCAAAUUCCUCCUCAUGUUCAUCCUACCGUUCGCCUCCAACCUCCCCACCAUCACCGUCCACGUGUCCUCCCUACGUGGCUUCCUGCUAUUGAGAUUUUUGGGAAAUACGAUAAGACAUAUAUAACAUAUAUAUAUUUAUAUAAAUAUUAAAUUUGUAUUCAAUGGGCUACUAAAGCCCAGUUAAACGCCCAGUUAAACGCAGUCGUAUCGUGUGUAUUAAGCUAUAUAUAGUAUAUAAUAAUAUGGACGUUUAGAAA